AUGGAUCUGCUGCUGCUGCUAUCUACUUGGAGACAAUUCCAAUUGUUCGAUUUCACCCCGAUAAGAGAUCCCAACUACCAAUCAAAUGAGCCUCUAUAUUCAGACCCCACAUUGAGUGCCAUCAAUGCCACCAGGGCCUACAUCAUCAUUGCCGUUGAAAACGCGAUUUUGAAAAUCGUCGAUGCCGAGUCGAUUACAACGGUGGGCCAGUUCCAGGCAUACGACUUGGACUACAGAAUAACGUUUAUCGAGCCACUACCGAACUCGAGCAAUUUGGUUGUGACUUUGGCGGAGAAGCAAGGGUCUCCGCUGGUUAUCAAAUUGUGGGACGUGUCCAAGAUUUUGGACAUUGAGAACCUCGAGGAGUCCGAGUACAAGUUCAAGUUUCAAACGCAAGUGCCGGUCUAUAAUCUGGUUCUGAACGGAGAUGACAACUCGUUCCCGAUCUCGUGCUUCAAGUUCAACUCCGACCUCACUUGUCUUGUUGUGGGAUAUACCAAUGGCAAGAUCAUUUUAAUACGCGGGGAUCUACUACGCGAUAGAGGCGCAAAGCAAAGAGUUGUAUACGAAAGUGCAAAUGAUCCAGUAACCGGGAUACAGUUUAAUGAUAACGACCAAUUGUUGUACGUCACCACCACGUCGAGAAUACUAACCGUGACCACAACGGGAAGAAACCAGGGCAAGCCAUUAAAGAUUCUCUCGUCCAAAACCGGGGCUGAUCUCGGGUGCACCGAAGUCAGUGAAAAGCAGGAGCUAAUAGUGGCGCAGCCGGACUCCAUCGUUUACUAUAGUCCCGAGAAGAAGUUAAAGACGGUGAAUUUCCCAAUACCAAAGUCCAAGUUGAUUCGUAUCGGCCAGUUCCUCAUCAUGGUGAGUCAAGAAGACGACCUCGAGAGGCUACAAACGAGGAUCAUCAUUAUGGACUCGAGAAACAAUCACAUAUCGUUCAAUUUGCUCAUCCCCAAUAGCAUCGUCAAGGCGAUAUUCAAGAGGGCAGAUGACUUGUACAUCUUGUCCAAUGACGGAAUCUUGUACAAGUUAUUUGAAAAGCCCAUCAAUAAUCAGAUUGAGAGCAUUCUUCAGCGAGAGUUGUUUAGUGUUGCCUUCAAUCUAGCCAAGCAACUGCAUCUUCCCGUGAGCACGUUGCUAAAGAUUGAAAGAUUACACGCGGACUAUUUGUUUGAAGAACAGAAAUUCGACGAGGCCAUCAAAAGCUAUAUCAAAUGUCUCGGGUUGUUCAAGGACUCGGGCGAAGAUCAAGAAGAGUUUAUCAUGACCACCGUGACGAAAUUCAAGGAUGCCACCAAUGUGGCGAAUUUGAUUCAGUUUCUUGAGGAUUUGUACGAGAAGAAAAUAGCAAACAACGACCAUGUGACCCUCUUGCUUUGCUGCUUGUGCAAAUUGAAAAGAACCAAUGAGCUAGAUUCUUUUAUCGACAGGUUUGAUUUAUCUAAUGAAAACUUGCAGAAUCUCAAUUUCCAGCUCAUUAUUAAUCUAUUCAAGGAGUGUGGCUUCUACAAGCAAGUGUUGAAGUUUCUCCACAAGCUCAAUCAGCCCAAUUUGAUUGUUGACCUCCAACUAUACGAUUUGAAGAACCCAAAGCUUGCAUUGAAGUACAUGAAGUCGUUGCCCAUCGACGACUUGUUGCUUAUCCUCAUUGACCAGUCAAAGUUGCUCCUCGACUAUUGCCCCAUUGAGACGACGGAGUUGCUCAUCAAUGUGUUUACCGGGAAGUACCAGCCAAAGGAAAAAGAAGAGCCUGGUGGAGUCAAACGUGUCGAGGUCGAGAAGGAAAAGGAGAGCUCGGUUGAGCUAUCCAAUUAUGUUGCAUUCUUGAGCUAUUUGACAGGUGGCGACGAAGACCAACCACAAGGAAAAGAGCAAGAGCAAGAGCAUGAGCAGGAGCAGGAGCAAGAGCGGUCACAGCCAAAGUCACAGUUUAACAUUGAGCCAACGUACCUCCCACCAAAACCAAAUCUCAUCUAUUCCAGUUUCACCAACCAUACAAACGAGUUUGUCAUUUUUCUCGAAGCAUGUAUUGAGGCUUUUGACAAGUACCAAGGAAACGUGAUGGACAAGAAGGAGGUUUUAAUCACUUUGCUUGAGAUGUACCUAUCUUUGCAUGCCACUACGCACAAGCAAGAAUGGUUCAACAAGGCGGAGUCUUUGAUUGAGCACCACUAUAAGCUCUUGGACAACAAGUCGGUGCUAUUGUUGAGCCAGAUCUACAAUUUUAAGCCUGGCGAAGUCAAGAUCAAGGAGGCCAAUCAAGACGAAGAGAGUCUUUUUGUUUCGUACCAGAUCAAUGAAGAUAUCAAAGGGUGUUUCAAGAUAUUGGAGAAGCACGGAGAGGCCAAACCGAAAUUGUACAAGAUGAUGCUCGAGUUUAUCAUAUCCAAGAAAUCCAUAUUUGAAAAGAUAAACCAUGAAGAUUUGCAAGUGAUUAUACGGCAAAUCAAGCAUUACAAGCUCUUGGACCCAUUGGAGUUGAUCGAUGUGCUAACAAAUGUCAAUCAAGAGUCGACUGAGUACCUUACAUUUGGCAUUAUCAAAAACUACUUGUUGGAGUUUUUCACCAGCCAGCAACAGGUUAUAAACAAUAACGAGAAAUUGAUUGAAAUGUAUGAGCAAGAGUCGGUUAAGAACUCGAUCAAGCUAUCGGAAAUGACCAGUCGCUCAUCGACUGCUGGCAUUCCCAGCAACACCAAAUGCUCGCUUUGCAAAUUAAAGUUGGAUUUCCCCAUGGUCCAUUUCAAAUGCAAGCACUGCUUCCACCAAAAAUGUUUAUCAGCAAACGUGGUUGCUCAUAGCACCAACAACAACAACAAUGGCGGUGACAAUGGCAAUUACACAGCUGACGAAGGCAAUAAGCCCAAAUGUCCCUUAUGCAGCCAGAGUGUCUCUGAGAUCAAAUACGUUCCGAGCUUGCAAUACAAGCUCAAAGACCAAACUGAGUUGUUUGUGAGCUCGUUGCGCGAGAGCAAGGAUAAGUUUAAGUUCAUUGCUGAUAGUAUCGGCAAAGGUGUCAUGGAGGAUGAGUUUGUUACCAUGGAUCAGUAA